GAUGCGCUCUAUCUAUUGACGCGCAUUAGUUUCCAAGCGCUCAACUCACCAUGUUGCGUCUCUGCUGGCUAACAUUGUUGCUGUUGGCUGCGCUGCGCUUGGUCCACGCUGAGGUAAUACACUAUCAAACAUGUCCAGACACAGAGGCUGACUGCACCAUGGGCGAGGUGCGUGUGGAUCCUUGUCCGCAGGCAGUUCACAAUGCCGCCUGUCGCAUACGCCGCCGUCGUCCAGGCAGCAUUAGUUUUAAGUUUACGCCACAUUUCGAUGCGGAACGACUGGAGACAACGCUGGUGUGGGUCAAGAGUGAGACGGAGGAGCUGCCUAUGGUUUCGUUGGAGCGCGAUGCCUGCAAAAAUAUUCAGUGUCCCAUUAAGAGCGGUGAGCUGCAGACUUACGCGCUAACAGCGCCCGUUGAGGCCAAGUUUCCAAUCAGUUCUUAUACCAUACGCUGGCGAUUGAAGGAUCCGGUAAGCGGCAAAAUGUGUUGCUUCAAUCAUGAUAUCAAAGUGGUGAACUAACUAAUGUGUUGGCUAAUAAAUAAGCAAGCAACUGUGAACUGA